GCGUGUUCUUUGUCCGCGCGCGUAUAAUAGUAACGCGCACGAGGAAGCUGAACUUCGCUGCUUGAGCUGACAGGUUCCGGUGUGUGCGUGUUCAAGUUAUAUCACGACAAACUUACUCUUCGAAUCAAGACAAUGGCUGAGAAGAAUGGAAAACCAGCAUUUGACAAACCUAAGGUUGAGCUACACGUGCAUCUUGAUGGUGCUAUUCGAAUCAAGACCAUUAUAGAUGUAGCAAAGCGGCGGGGAAUCACUCUUCCUGUGAGCGGUGAGGAUAAAAUGAGAGACCUGUGCAAAGUUCACGAGCCAGUCAAAAAAUUUGAAGAGUUUCUUGACAAGUUCAAUCACUUCAUGCCUGUUAUUGCAGGGGACAGAGAGGCCAUCAAGAGAAUAGCUUAUGAGUUUGUAGAGACAAAGGCCAAUGAGAAAGUGAUUUAUGUUGAAGCCAGAUACAGCCCUCAUCUACUGGCCAACAAGGGAGUGGAUCCUAUACAAUGGAACCAAAAACCAGGAGACAUCACUCCAGAUGAUGUGGUGGACCUGGUGAACCAGGGAUUUAAGGAGGGAGAGAAGGCCUUCAAAACUAAAGUCAGGUCCAUUCUGUGCUGCAUGCGUCACAUGCCAAAUUGGUCUAUGGAAGUGGUCGAGCUGUGUAAGAAGUACUGUAAAGAUGGAGUAGUGGCAAUAGAUCUAGCAGGAGAUGAAACCCUAAGUUGUGAGAACACAGGACACAAGAGAGCGUUUGAGGAAGCAGUCAGAAGCGAGGUGCACCGCACAGUCCAUGCAGGAGAAGUGGGCCCUGCCAGUGUGGUGAAGGAGGCUGUGGAAGUUCUGAAAGCACAACGCAUUGGACAUGGAUACAACACGCCUAAAGAUCCAGCACUGUACCAACAGCUGCUCAAACAAAACAUGCAUUUUGAGACGUGUCCCAUCUCUAGCAGACUGACUGGUGCCUGUGACCCAGACUUCACUAAACAUCCUCUCAUCACAUUCAAGAAGGACAAAGCCAACUACUCCUUAAACACAGAUGAUCCUACCAUCUUUGACGCCGACUUGAACUCAGACUACCAGGUGGCGCAGGAAUACAUGGGCUUCACUGAAGAAGAAUUCAAGAGACUGAAUAUCAAUGCAGCCAAGUCCUGCUUCCUUCCUGAAAAUGAGAAAAAGGAGCUUCUUAAUCAACUUUAUAAGGCCUAUGAUAUGGUGCAAAGCACCAGCUUUUGAGCGCUGCGCUGUUGUAAACAAGUAUGCAGUGAACAGAGCCUUUCAGGGCAUUUGCCUUUUCACAAGUGAAUGUCGGUCCUGAUUCCUUAAAACCUGGAGAACUCAUACAUAUAUUUUUCUUAAUUUAAUAAUUACACAAAAAUAAUAAAGACCACAAAUACAACCCUCCAUCAAAGAUUUAACCUAAGACGAAUAAGUUCAUUAAAUAAAUGUUACAUUUGUCUGUAUAUUUCAUUAACCACUGAUUUUCAUCUACAUGGAUAUUUUUUCCUCAGGUUUUGCAAUAUCUGUUGCCUAAACAUUAAAUAUUAGUCUUAUUUCAUAUUUACAUAUUCACUUUAUGCUAUUCUCAGUACAUGCACAGAAUAUGACCAUCAUUAAGAAAAACAUGUCAAGCUGUACAAUGUAUGAAAGGUGCUAUGUGAAUCAAAUGAAUUUAGUAGCCUACCUCAGCUUUUUUUUUAUACAGUGGUAAGAAUGUAUAAAUCCAAAACAUCAAACCAGAAUAUGAUCUUAUGUAUGGUGCUUAUCUUAUGUAUAUUGUAUAGCCUAUGCAUUAUUCAAACUUUUGGGUAACAAUUAAAUGACUAUUAAUAUGCUAGUUAUUAUUAGAUGUUAGCGGGACUGAUGAUGAAAUGCGGUGCAAAACCUUUUUAAAUUUUGUCGUUGCCUUGUUCCAACACCAGAGGGCAUUUACCAAAAGACGAUUCAUAUAACUCAGGUUUGGAGUUUACCAGCUUAGUGAAAAAUAUUUGUGUCAGGUUUUACAUUUCUUUUGUAUAACUUCAACUGCGUAGGAAAACAUUAGGACUAUAUGAAUAAUGUGGGAAGGAUGGGAGUGAGAGCUUUCAUUGUAUAAACUAUCAAUACAAAUAAUUUAACAUUUGAA